CCUAUCAGGUCCGGUUCGGUUCUCCUAUGAUUAUUUAUAUACCUGUCUCUCGCGCUCUGUUAGGGUUUCUUACGGCGUCGGCGGCUAGGGUUUCUGCUGCAGCCCUAGUGUUUGCGAGGGCUCGAAUCGAGGUUUUCUCAUGGCUCCGCCGCAGCCGAACACUGGGCUCUUCGUGGGGCUCAACAAGGGGCACGUCGUCACCAAGCGCGAGAUCCCCCCUCGCCCUUCUAGCAGAAAAGGGAAAACCAGCAAGAGGGUGCAUUUGGUGAGGAACUUGAUCAGGGAAGUUGCCGGGUUUGCGCCGUAUGAGAAGCGUAUCACUGAGCUUCUCAAAGUUGGGAAAGAUAAGCGCGCACUCAAGGUUGCAAAGAGAAAGCUUGGCACGCAUAAGAGGGCAAAGAAGAAGCGUGAAGAGAUGGCUAAUGUUUUCAGGAAGAUGAGAUCUGGUGGUGUAUCCGAGAAGAAGAAAUGAAAUCCUACAACGGGGCGAGAAGUGAUCUUUGACGAUUCUACAUUGCAUAAUUUUGAUUAGCGGAAUUUAUUUAGACCUUUUGUUAGCGUGUUUGUAGUAGACUCUGCUCUUAUUUGUCUUCGAAUAUUUAAAUUAUUGGUGAUGUGAUAUGCUCUUUUACAAGUUAAGAAUUUUAUCAGGGAAAUUUCAUGGUUUUUGCCUUUUGGAUCA